AUCACAUUGUGUGUUCACCACCCAGAGUCAGUUCUCCUUCCAUCACCAUAUAUUUGAUGGGCUGCUUUUCUGAUGGGGACUGCAUUUCCCAUAGGCUCUGCAGGUCGAAGCUACUUCUGGCCCGAACUGGACUUCCUGUCCUGAGCAUACCGGUGACAGCCAAGCUGCCAGGGAUGAGUAGCACUAGCAGCUUUAGCUGGCUGACGCGCUCCACCUGGGAGCCGCUCCGUGUGGGGGUCUUGCUGUUCUGUUUGGUGCGGGGAAGCAGUAGAUGAGCUCAAGGCCAGGUCAGAAGAAUCCGGACGCCUGUCUCCACCUCUGGACUGCAUUUCCCAGAGUACUUUGCAGGCCGGCGCUACGUCCCGCGGGAUUUCAGCCGUCUCUUUUCAGAUUGGCGGGAUUGUUGGUUCUGCGGAUUUAGCUGCUGCGUGGCCUUUGGAACCCGGAGCAAUUUGGCCAGUCUGGACCAGAACGGAACUAGGGAAGGACUAGGUUUUGUCACUAAGAAAAAGAGGAAAGAAUGGUUAUUGAAUAUACAAAGGCCAUGAUCAAGAGAAAUCCCUCAGAACAGGAUUUUGCCUUUUGUCUUCCACCCAGAAGAUGAUGACCACAUCCAUGAAUACUUACUGCCUCUGAAGUGGCAAAGAUUUUCUUCUCCAGCGGCAGUGUGCUCCCAUAUUGCCUGGUGGGGGUGGUGAUGAGGCAGGAGCAAACGGGAGAUAAGCCCUAGCCAUGGGAUAAUGGGAAUGUCUCAUUAUAUGAAGAAGGUUUGUCUUCAGCAACAGGAGUAUUUAAGAUGGAGCAGUUAAUGACUUUCAGGGAUGUGGCUAUAGACUUCUCUCAGGAGGAGUGGGACUAUCUGGACCCUGCUCAGAGGGCCUUGUACAGAGACGUGAUGAUGGAGAACUACAGCCAUCUAGUCUUACUAGGACUCUCUAUUUCUAAGCCUGAUGUGAUUUCCUUUUUGGAGCAAGAGAAAGAGCCCUGGAUGGUUUCGAGGAACAUGGCAAGAGGAUGGUGCCCAGACUUGGAAUUCAGAUGUAAGACCAAGGAAUUGUGUCUUCGAAAAGAAAUCUGUGAAGUAACAACAUCCCAAUGGAUGAUAAUGGAAAAAAGUCAUAGAAUUGUGGGCUCCAGUGUCAGAGAUGACUGGGAAUGCAAAGGCCAGUUUGAGAGGCAAGAGAUAAAUGAAGAGGGAUUUUUGGAGCAAGCAUUAAUGACUUACGAAAAAAUGCCAACUUGCAGCUUGCAGACAUCUCUUAUUCUACAUCAGCAAAUUUAUCCUGGAGAGAAAUUCUGUAAAUUCAAAGAAUGUGGGAAAACCAUUAUUUAUGGCUUGGAACUUAUACAACAACAAGGAAUUCAUAUUAGUGAGAAACCUUAUAAAUGUAAGGAAUGUGGGAAGGUCUUUAGUAAUUUUUCCUAUCUUACUGAACAUCAAAGAAUUCAUACUGGUGAGAAGCACUAUGAAUGUAAGGAAUGUGGAAAAGCUUUUAUUCGUGGCUCACAUCUUACUCAACAUCAGAGAAUUCAUACAGAUGAGAAACCCUAUGAAUGUCAGGAAUGUGGAAAGGCCUUUAGACAAUCAGCACACCUUACCCGACAUCAGAGAAUUCAUACUGGUGACAAACCUUAUAAAUGUAAGGAAUGUAGUAAAUCUUUUAUUUGUGGCUCAGAACUUAUGCGACAUCAGAGAAUUCACACUGGUGAGAAACCCUAUGGUUGUAAUGAAUGUGGGAAGGCCUUUAGACUGCGUUCACAACUUGGUCAACAUCAGCGACUUCAUUCUGGCGAGAAAUCUUAUCAAUGUAGGGAAUGUGGAAUGGCCUUUAUUCGUAGUUCACAACUUACUGAACACCAGAGAAUUCAUCCUGGUAUGAAACAUUAUGAAUGUAAAGAAUGCGGGAAGGCCUUUAUUUGUGGUUCCCAACUUUUUCAACAUCACCAAACUCAUACUGGUGAGAAAUCCUAUGAAUGUGCACAAUGUGGGAGGGCCUUCUUUUGUGCCUCACAACUUACUCAACAUCAGCGAAUUCAUACUGCCAAGAAACCCUAUAAAUGCAAGGAAUGUGGGAAGGCCUUUAUCCGUGUCUCAGAACUUACCCGGCAUCAUAGCAUUCAUACUGGUGAGAAACCCUAUGAAUGUAAGGAAUGUAAGAAGGCCUUUAGACAGUCUGCACACCUUAAUCAACAUCAGAGAAUUCAUAAUCUAACAUAAUUAAUGUAGGAAACCCUUUACUUGCCAUUUAUCUGUUACAGAUCAAGAUCAUCAGAUUUCAUGCUAGAAUAAAAUACAAUAAAUGUGGCAAUGCCUUUGACCUAAUACUCAGUUUAUUCAGAAUCAGAAAAUUUAAUGCUGAAAAAAAUUGAUAACGUAGAAUAGUUUCUAUCAUGAUUCAAACCUUGUUAAAAUUC